CGCUGCCCCAGAGCCCUCGGGCCCACGCUGUCCGCUGCCGCAGUCUGAUCCAACUCUGGGCCGCUCGCCACGAUGGAGCCCGCCGCCGAGAUCCUCGUGGAUAGCCCGGACGUGGUCUACAGCCCCGAAACCAUCGAGGCGCGCUACGAGUACCGGACAACGCGCGUCAGCCGCGAGGGCGGCGUGCUGCGGGUGCAGCCCAGGGCUACGCGUUUCACCUUCCGCACCGCCCGGCAGGUGCCCCGACUCGGGGUCAUGUUGGUCGGCUGGGGCGGGAACAACGGCUCCACGCUCACUGCUGCUGUUCUGGCCAAUCGGCUGCGCCUAACCUGGCCCACGCGCACAGGUCGCAAGGAGGCAAACUAUUAUGGAUCGUUGACCCAGGCGGGCACCGUGAACUUGGGUCUGGAUGAGAACGGCCGGGAGGUGUUUGUGCCCUUCAGUGCGCUGCUACCCAUGGUGGCCCCCAACGACCUGGUGUUUGAUGGCUGGGAUAUCUCGUCGCUGAACCUGGCCGAGGCCAUGCGGCGCGCGCAGGUCCUGGACUGCGGUCUGCAGGAACAGCUGUGGCCCCACAUGGAGAGCCUGCGUCCGCGGCCCUCAGUCUACAUUCCUGAGUUCAUCGCUGCCAACCAGACAGCACGUGCGGACAACCUCAUCCCUGGCACACGUGCCCAACAGUUGGAGCAAAUCCGAAAGGACAUUAGAGAUUUCCGAUCCAGUGCGGGAUUGGAUAAGGUCAUCGUGCUGUGGACCGCCAAUACGGAGCGCUUCUGCGAGGUGGUCCCAGGUCGCAAUGACACAGCAGAAAACUUGCUACAUACUAUCCAGCUUGGCCUGGAGGUGUCACCGUCCACACUUUUUGCUGUGGCCAGCAUCCUGGAGGACUGCGCCUUCCUCAAUGGAUCCCCACAGAACACACUGGUACCCGGUGCCCUGGAACUGGCUUCGCAGCGCCAUGUGUUUGUAGGUGGUGAUGACUUCAAGUCAGGGCAGACUAAGGUCAAGUCUGUCCUGGUGGACUUCCUCAUCGGCUCUGGGCUCAAGACCAUGUCCAUCGUGAGCUAUAACCACCUGGGCAACAACGACGGGCAGAACCUGUCUGCACCGCUGCAGUUCCGCUCCAAGGAGGUGACAAAGAGCAGUGUGGUGGACGACAUGGUUCACAGCAACCAUGUGCUCUACGCGCCUGGAGAGCGGCCAGACCACUGUGUGGUGAUCAAAUAUGUGCCCUAUGUUGGCGACAGCAAGCGUGCCUUGGACGAGUACACCUCCGAGCUGAUGCUGGGUGGGACAAACACCUUGGUGCUCCAUAAUACCUGCGAGGAUUCGCUCCUGGCCGCGCCCAUCAUGCUGGACCUAGUGCUGCUCACAGAGCUGUGUCAGCGCGUGAGCUUCUGCACAGACUCGGACCCCGAGCCUCAGGGCUUCCACACAGUGCUGUCCCUGCUUAGCUUCCUGUUUAAGGCCCCGCUUGUGCCCCCGGGCAGCCCUGUAGUGAAUGCCCUCUUCCGCCAGCGCAGCUGUAUCGAGAAUAUUUUCAGGGCUUGCGUGGGGCUCCCGCCCCAGAACCACAUGCUAUUAGAGCACAAGAUGGAGCGUCCAGGCCCAGGCAUCAAGCCAGGAGAGGUGGUGGCCACCAGCCCACUGCCUUGCAAGAAAGAGCCCACACCUGCCACCAAUGGCUGCACCGGCGAUGCCAAUGGGCACCCGCAGGCACCAACACCAAAGCUGUCCACUGCUUAAAUCAAGUGACCGGACCGGACCCUUCUACCCCCAAUGCCUCCAACCAUAGUACUUCAGCCCUUGCCAAAGACAAUAAAGCAAGUCUCAAGCAA